AAACACUUGUUUGCACCUUUUAUCAUGUUUUAUGACAUUCUUAUCAAGUAAAUUAAGCCAGAUACAUUAUUUCCUUUUGAUCAAAAAGGUCUUACUACGUACUCAGUCACACAUCUAAUAACUAAAGGUACUCAGGGAUACCUAUUCAAAUGAUCCGUUCCCUGGGAAUAUUAUCAAUGGGAGGUAAAAGCUUCACCUCAGUAAAGCCCUACAGUGUUCGUGCUGAAUUGAAUAAUCGACUGAAGGGCAAAGUUGCUAUAGUCACAGCAUCAACUGAUGGUAUAGGAUAUGCCAUUGCGAAGAGGCUUGGAAAUGAAGGUGCAUCAGUGGUAAUAUGCAGUAGAAAAGAGAACAAUGUCCAGAAAACAGUUAAUGAGCUUCGCAAUGAAGGAAUUACCGUGGAGGGUGUAGCAUGCCAUGUUGGGAAUGCUGAACAGAGAAAGAAAUUGUUUGAUAUUGCUAAUGACAAAUUUGGGGGCCUUGAUAUAUUAGUCUCAAAUGCUGCAGUUAAUCCAGGAGUGUCACCAGUUUUAGAGACAGAAGAGAAUGUUUGGGACAAAAUAUUUGAAAUCAAUGUGAAAAGCUCUUGGUUGCUGGCCAAGGAAGCUUACCCCAAUCUUGUCAAGCGAGGGGGAGGCAGCAUCGUAUUUAUUUCAUCUAUAGCUGGCUAUCAACCUAUGUCUCCUUUAGGUCCAUACAGCGUGAGCAAGACAACAUUGUUGGGAUUGACCAAGGCUAUCGCAAAUGAAGUCGUGACUGACAACAUACGGGUUAAUUGUGUCGCACCAGGCAUCGUUGCUACGAAAUUUGCUUCAGCUAUUACCAGCUCAGAAGCAGCUAAGGAGCAAAGCUUAUCAAUUGUGCCGAUGCAGAGAUUCGGAAAGCCAUCGGAAAUAGCUGCGGCUGUGGCGUUUUUAGCGUCCAACGACGCGAGCUAUGUCACCGGCGAGACCAUCGUGGUGGCGGGCGGCGCUCACGCCCAUCUCUAAUUUAAAUCUAAUGGGCAAUAGGUACGAUAGACAACAUUUUUGCACUGCGCACAUUUGUGCGGUAAUUAGCACUUUACGUGCCUAUGUCGAAAAUUUAAAGGGCCGUAUGUACUGUAAACGUUGUACGACUUGUACGAUACAUGUGCGAAUAGGUAAUUAGAGAGGGGCGCCGUAAGCUACCAUGCUACCUAUCCAUGUAUUUCGAAUAGCCUAGCUAGGUAUUAGGGCGCCGCCGCCGAAAUUUUAAACUUGCAAGUGCGCCGCGGACUGGAAAAGAUUGGGAACCCCUGCUCUAAUAUAUCUACUAUAAUAUUUAUAUUUUUCGAAGCUUGUAUAAUCACACAUUUUAGUUUGUAAGGAAAUAUUUCUUGUGAAAAGGUAGGUAUGGGUGUUAUGUUGUACAUUGGGCUGUGGUAAUAAAAGUAUGGUUAUAAUGAU